UGAGCCGGGCGAACGCGGCCGGCGCGGCGGCGGCAAGAUGGCGAAGGUGUCGGAGAUGUACGACGUGACCUGGGAAGAGAUGCGAGACAAAAUGAGGAAAUGGAGGGAAGAAAACUGCCGGAACAGUGAACAGAUAGUGGAAGUUGGAGAAGAGUUAAUUCAUGAAUAUGCAUCUAAGCUGGGCGAUGACAUCUGGAUAAUAUAUGAACAGGUGAUGAUUGCUGCCUUGGAUUGCAGUCGAGACGACUUGGCCCUGUUUUGUCUUCAAGAGCUAAGACGGCAAUUCCCUGGGAGCCAUCGAGUCAAGCGUUUGACUGGCAUGCGAUUUGAAGCCAUGGAGAGGUAUGAUGAUGCAGUCCAGUUAUACGACAGGAUUUUACAAGAGGAUUCAACUAAUACUGCAGCAAGAAAGCGCAAGAUUGCCAUUCGAAAAGCCCAGGGGAAAAAUGCGGAGGCCAUCCGGGAGCUGAAUGAGUAUCUGGAACAGUUUGUUGGUGACCAAGAAGCUUGGCAUGAACUUGCAGAACUUUACAUCAAUGAACAUGACUAUGCGAAGGCGGCGUUUUGCUUGGAGGAGCUCAUGAUGACGAACCCGCACAACCACUUGUACUGCCAGCAGUUUGCGGAGGUUAAAUAUACCCAAGGAGGGCUUGAAAACCUUGAGCUGUCCAGAAAAUAUUUUGCACAGGCACUGAAGCUGAACAACAGGAACAUGAGAGCGUUGUUCGGACUGUACAUGUCUGCCAGUCACAUCGCUUCCAAUUCUAAGGCAAGUGCAAAAAUGAAAAAGGAUAAUGUGAAGUAUGCCAGUUGGGCAGCAAACCAAAUAAAUCGAGCUUACCAGUUCGCUGGUCGCAGUAAGAAAGAGACCAAGUACUCUCUGAAAGCUGUGGAGGACAUGUUGGAAGCACUGCAGAUCACACCGUCGUAAACGGUCACGAAUCCACUCAGCAGUAGAC